CUCUCUCUCACUUUCUCUGACAAUCUAUCUCUGUCUCUGGCUCACGUACAUACGGAUGUCACUGUGUGUGUACGUGUGUAUGUUGUCCUAUUGAACACACUGCGCAUGCGCAUAUUUUGACUCCACCCACCAGCUCCACCUACAAAGCGUGCACCAUGUGGCAGCAGCGACUCGAGCAAGUUCUGUUUGUCUCUCGUACGGCCUUCAAAUGGGGCUGGAUACCUCUCCUUCUCUACCUCGGUAUCAGGAGAGGAGCCACUGACCCUGGAGUGCCCCCACCUUCACUUUUCCAAGCAUUGUGGGUUCUCUAGAAAAACACAAGCCUUCAUUUGUUGUCAAAAAUAAUCGACAUGAUUGUGUAAUAAUAAUUAUCAAUUUUCAAAUGUCAUAAUAAUUGAAUCAAAAAUUGAUCUAAAAUGUUGAAUAGUACACAUGUAUUAAUUCCGGACACACUACCUAAAUUAUUGGCAGGGGACUAGGGGGUGUGGUCAGUGUGGAAGGUGGUGGUGGGACGUUGAUAUCUGGACAUAAUUGACAGGGAAAACCCCCAAUCUGCCAGGCUCGCCUUCCACAUGUCCUUGCUGUGGAGGAAGAGGAGAGGAAAGAGAUAAUCUGAGAUCUUGGCCCAUGAAAAGUGGAAGUUGUUUGAAAAAACAAAUCGAGACCUUUGGUGCAUCAAAGAACUUCAAAGAUUUGAGUGUAUGAACAGUUCAGAAGUAUUAUAACACAACAGAUAAUGAAGCAGCGUGCAAUAAGGUCUACUUGAAGUGUUGUCAAGUGUGGUGUGUUUGGAACUCACCCACCAGUCGUGGUUAAUCUUCCUAGUCACCACUAUCCUCUCUCCCUCCUUGAACCCCAACUCAUCCUUCCUGUCAGGCUGGCAAUCGUACAGCGCCACUACCACCAGCGAUGAAAACUGCAGAUAUAACAGACAUGUAUCAUUCAGAGUAAUUUUACUGCACAAGUGUCAAUGGAGGAGUUGCUGUACACAUGAACCCCACGCCAGAAGCUAGUAAAAUAUACUACAGUUUCUGUUCUAACGAGCC